ACCAGGAUUGGGAUUGACAAAUAGCCGUUAGCUCGCUGGUUCUACUACCCGACUAUUUGAAUGGUUUAGCGGCGGAAAGCAAAGACGAACUGGGAUGCGAUUAUUAUAAAAGAAGAAAAAAAAAUCGAGUGACGUCUCAUUUUAUUGAUAAACAGAAGCCACACUGAACCAAGGUGAGAGGCUCAGCGUGUUCGGGAGAGAGUGAGAGAGGGUGAGAGAAACUGAGACAGAGAGCAGCCAUGGACCAGCAGAGACAGAGAGCUCUCUCCACCUCCGGAGAAUCGCUUUACCUCGUGCUGGGACUCGACAAGAGCGCCACAACAGACGACAUCAAGAAAUGUUACCGGAAACUAGCAUUGAAGUUUCACCCUGACAAGAACCCAGACAAUCCGGACGCAUCCGAUAAGUUUAAGGAGAUCAACAACGCGCACUCCAUCCUGAGCGACGGCACUAAGAAGAACAUCUACGACAAAUACGGCUCGCUGGGGCUCUACGUCGCCGAGCAGUUCGGAGAGGAGAACGUCAACACCUACUUUGUUCUGUCCAGCUGGUGGGCAAAGCCAAUCACCAACCAAGUAUAA